GACGCGCGGCGGUGCUCGGGCUUCCUGGUCGCGGAGGCCGCGAUGGACCGCGCGUGCGAGCUCGCCGAGGCCUACGGCACGGGCUGCGUCGCCGUCGACAACGCGUUCCACUAUCUCUUCGGGGCGCACUACGUCUUGCGGGCGUCGGCGAAGGGCUACAUCGCCUACACGACGUGCACGGGCGCCAUCCCCGAGGUCGUCCCCACGGGCGGCACGCGAAAGUCGAUGGGCACGAACCCGCAGACCUACGCGCUGCCGACGACGAACGCGCUGGGCUUCGACGUGUGCAUCGACUGGGCGACGAGCGUGAUCUCGAACGGCACGGUCAAGGCGCUGGCGCGCGAGGGCAAGCGGUGCCCCGAGGGCGCGAUCUUCGACAAGGACGGGCGGCCGACGACGGAUCCGAACGAGUUCCACGCGCACGCGUGCGUCGGCGGCCACAAGGGCUACUCGCUCUGCCUGCUGACGGAGCUGCUGGCCGCCUUCGGCGGCGGCUCCCUGCCGUCCGUGCGCUCCAAGGUCGGCGGCGGCGACGGCGGCGACAAGCGCACGUGCAACUUCCUCUUCCAGGCCUGGCACCCGGACGCGCUCGCGCCGGCGUCGCUGUCGGCGAACGUCGCGACCGUGGACGAGAACGUCAAGGCCGUCGUCGCCGACAUUCUAGGCCCGGGCAACGAAGGCGCGCGGCUCCCCGGCCAGGGCAAGCGCGAGGCCGCCCUCCGCUCGGCG